AUGUAUUGGAAAUGCUCUAAUGUAGAUGAUUCUAGGAGAAUAUUUGACGAAAUAUCUGAUAAAAAUGCUGUUGUUUGGACCUCAAUGAUCACUGGUUACACACAGAAUCAACAAACCAACAUUGCAAUGUGCAUGAUUAAAAAAAUGCUGGUUUCAGGUCAUAAAGCAGAUUCCAUAACUUACAAUACUUUGUUGAGUUCCUUUUCUAAUAUAGAUGACAUGAUCCAUUGUGAACAAAUUCAUUGCUCAAUCAUAAAACAAGGGUUAGAUUCAGAUGUUUAUUUAGCAGUUACUUUAGUUACUGUUUAUUCAAAAUGUGGUAGCAGCUUACAAGACUUCCACAAAAUCUGUGCCACUCUCCCAGUUAAGAACAAAAUAACAUGUAACGCCAUUGUUGCUGGAUUUUCAAACAUGGGAAAUGUCGAGAAAGCCCUUGGUGUCUUUUCGGAAAUGAGGCAGAUAGGUAUUGAUACCGAUUUCUUUACAAUUUCAAGCAUUUUAAAAGUUAUAGGAGUUAUGUCAACUUUCAAAGAGGGUAAACAAAUCCAUGGUCUUAUAGUCAAGUCAGGUCACUCUUCAAAUAUAUACAUACAAAACGGGCUUAUUUCCAUGUAUGCAAAAAGUGGUAACUUUGAUGAAGCAAAAUGGAUGUUUACAUCAAUGGUGGAACAUGAUACAGUAUCAUGGAACUCACUUCUUUCAUGCUAUGCUCAACAUGGAAAAGGUAAGGAAGCAGUUGAAGUUUUUGAAGAAAUGAGAAACACCAAAGUCAAACCUGAUUUGACCACGUUUCUUAUUGUGAUUUCUGCUUGUGGUCAUGUAGGAUUGGUGAAGAAAGGGUUAGAAUUCUUUGAGUUAAUGAGAAGUAAUUAUGGUUCACCAAAAGUUGAACAUUAUGCUUGUAUUGUUGAUCUUUAUAGUAGAGCUGGUUUUCUUGAUGAAGCAGAAGUGUUUGUGAAUAGAAUGGGAAUGGAAGCGGGACCCGAGGUGUAUAAAGCUCUGUUGAGUGCUUGUAGGGUUCAUUGA